AUGGCGGAAGGAAGGCGUAUGGGUGAGAAGAAGAAGGUGAUGGUAGCCAUGGACGAGAGCGAGUGUAGCCAGUACACUUUGGAAUGGACCCUUCAAACUCUUCACGACACCAUUGCCAACUCAGUGCUCGUCAUUUUCACCGCUCAGCCCAUAUCUGAUUACUCCUGCAUCAGUGCUUACCCUUUCGAUGCCCACGAAAAGAUGAGAAAUCUCCAAGAAAAUCAAAGGUUGGUUGCCACUUCAUUGUUCGAGAAAGCUAAGGAAAUCUGCGGUCGACAUGGGGUAAAAGCCUUGUUAAUGUUUUAA